UGUAACUACACAAUUUAAACAAAAUAGCAACCUACAAACAUAGAUCAUAAUAACGCAGUUAAAACAAUUGUAGGAAUUUGUUGACGUUACUUAUCAAUUCGCCGACUUCAAACCAAAACAAACUUUAAGAAUGUUUCAAGCAUCAGAUUAUAUAGAAACUGUGUCAGUGAGACUGUCAGAGGUUCUGGCUGAUAUAGGAGUAGAUGAGAGAAUUGUGUUGAAGAGUAGAAGAACAUGGAUGCUGACAGAAUCAACGAAUAACAGUGCAAAUCAACUACAGGAUAAGAACCAUACAGCGUACUUUUUAGGUAGUAGGUCAGAAGGAACAACUACACCGGGACUUGAAUCAGACACUGACUGUCUUAUUUGUAAAAAUAACUUUAACGUAGUACAAGACUGGAGUGGCUGGCAACCUGGUGUACACAAUCUACUAAUGAUUCAGGAUGAUACUGUAUCACCUGGUUACUGUUUGCUACAGCGUCUGAGAGACGACGCUCCUCUUCCAUACAAUGAUGUACCUAAUGAACACUUUUUCCAAGACAGGACUGGAAGAAUACUACUAAGUAAUACAAUAGCGCCAGGAUCAUUGACAGCAAAUUAUCUUACAGGAUAUGUAGACAAUGGUCCAGCAUAUACACAACUUGGCCAACAUGGGAAUGCUGGGGUAGACCUUGUUCCUGCUUUCCACUGUAAAACAUGGCCUCUACAAGCUAGACCAUGGUUAAACCUGCAAGGUGCAGGUCAGUGGCCCUCAGAUGACAUAAAGAGGUACUGUAGCAACACUGGGUGUUUUGUUGUUGGAGUUGGAAGCAAGCAAAGUGAAAAUGAGGAGCUUGAAUUGAGAAUAUCAACAUCUCUAGCAGAAAGGUGUUUAAUGUUUAAUCUCAAUAUCACACAGAUCAGAUGUUAUGUGUUGAUGAAAAUGGUAUUAAAAACUUACAUCAAGCCACACUAUGAAGGUACCAUUUCAAGUUUCAUGUGUAAAACAGUUCUGUUCAAACUAAUUGCAAAUACACAGUCUAGUUUCUGGAGAGAAAAGAAUUUACUUGUUUGUCUAUCAUUUUGUUUAUUUGUGUUGUACACCAGUACUCUGAAUGAAAACUGUCCACAUUUCAUCAUACCUGGGAACAAUUUGAUGGCAGGGCAUAUUGCUCAUGAAUCUAAACCUCGCAUUCUUGAAAUAUUGCAGCAUAUUAUAAACAGUGAAGGAACAGCAUUACUAGGGAUCAAGUGUGAUGCUCUUGGUGCAAGGCUUCAGUUGAAGUUGAAUAAUUUAUUCUUAUUCAAAACAAGUGGCAUUGUUUCAGGAUGCUUAUUAAUACACACCGCACAUAUGAUAAAUGAUAGCAUAACUUUUGGCCUACAUAAUAUUAGCAACAACAGUUACGAAGUAGCUAUACAAAUAUUACUGAAGUAUAUUUUCAAACUUGUUACCAUUUUUAAUCAAUCUCAAGGAUUGAACAGAACAGCUUGCAGCCUUCAAGCACCAUGGUUCUGUACAACACUGGGAUCUAUCCUGGCCUCCCUCAACAUUCAACAGUAUAAUGGUAUAUCAGCAGAAGCUCUAAGCUGGAUUACACUGGGUCUGAACACGGAUGUUUCAUCAAGUAAACUGAAGCUAGCAUCAAUAUUUUACUGUAGAGGGGAUUUUUACAGAACAGUAAUUGUGCUCACUGAUAUUGAAGGAAGGUAUGAUCAAACCAUUGUUGAGCCUGUUUCUGGCUGUCGUGAUUAUGUCCGUCAAGCUAUGAGGGGAUUCAAUGAAAUAUCAGACAAUCACAAUGAAGAAGCUCUACAGUUUGCUACAGCAUCCUGUGUCAGUUUUCUGCGGUGUGAAAGUAACUGCAUUCCAAAUGAACUACAGUAUGAAUUAUUCAGAUCUACAGAGGAGGACCUUGCUUUAAGAGAACCAAUUAACUACUGGAUGGACUGGGCAGUUGUUGAUUCUCUCCCUUACCUGUACUUUCUACAAUACAGGACUUACAGCUAUCUUGGGAGACAAGAUGACAAGGAAAGAGCACUUUCCAACCUUAUCAGGACCACUGAACAGGAACCAAAUCUUGGUCACAGGGAAACAGCCCUAAAUCUUCUUGGACAGUGUAUGGAACGAGAGGACCGACCAACUGACGCUUUAGGCUGUUAUCUAUUAUCCAUACAUCUAAGGGGAAGAAACAAUGCUGCAAAGUUCCAUAUAUGUAGACUUCUAUCUGCCAUGGUAAAUCACCAGGCAGGAACAAUGUUUUGAAAGAUAGUGUCAUCUGAGUGCAAACACCAGAUAACAAUUAUUGUUUUCACAAAUUGACUUUUUUCUCACUAAUGUGUUCAAAAUACUGAUAUACAUGCCCAGUAAAACUAGCAUGGUCACUUUUAACUAUUUUUGGAUGAUUUUGUGAAAGGUGGAAAACAGGAUGUAAAUUCAUUGUAUCUGAGCAAUUUAAUAUUAAUUGUAGUUGUGCUUUCUUUUUAUGGUAUUUUCUUUAUUUAAAUA